GAGAAUGUAAAGGGGGCGACAAAUAGAAGUCCAGAUUGAGCAACUGUCAGAAUAUCAAGCUGAAAGACGGCAUUCACAUUUUCAGAACAACUUACAGUAGGGAGUGCAAACAUUUUAGUAACAACUACAUGAGAAAACAAAAAUCAAAGGAGCUUCACUUGUGUGUAACUUGGAGUAACUUAUCAAAGGCUGAGAGAGGGCAAGAGGUGAGAGAUGGGGGUAAGAGCAGUGGCCAGUGUGUGUCUGCUAUUACUGACUAUUGCCCCGGGGCAGAGUGUGUCCAGAGAUGCUGGUUCUGGUAGUGGGAGAGGGUCUGGACUGAGUAGCAGUAGCACUGAGACUGGCAGUAAAACCGACCAUGAAGUUGAGGACACUACUUUAACUGGAGAUUCUGGGGACACUACUUUAACUGGAGAUUCUGGGGACACUACUUUAACUGGAGAUUCUGGGGACACUACUUUAACUGGAGAUUCUGGGGACACUACUUUAACUGGAGAUUCUGGGGACACUACUUUAACUGGAGAUUCUGGGGACACUACUUUAACUGGAGAUUCUGGGGACACUACUUUAACUGGAGAUUCUGGGGACACUACUUUAACUGGAGAUUCUGGGGACACUACUUUAACUGGAGAGUACAAUAAUACUAAUGUUACCAUUGAUAGUAGUCAGCUUGGUCGUACUAGUAGCCCAGAGAUAACUGGUCCAACCGUAGAUACUGGUAACAAGAUAACUGGUGUGGGUGGUUCCGGCGGUUUCUCUGGGCGACUGCUGGUGAUCCCGAUGGAUGGGAGCCACUGGGUUGGGAUUAAGGCCAUUGCCGAGGAAAUGGGUCGUCGUGGACAUCAGGUUACCGUAGUGAUCCCGGAGGUGAGCAUUCGUCUGGGCCCUAGCAGACACUACAAGACCGUGUCAUAUCCUGUCCCCUAUGACCAGGAAAUGGUAGACAAGCUGAUGGACAAUUCUAAAGAAAACAUUCGUGCCAACAAACUGCCACUGGUGGAGCGGAUGUGCCAACGCUUUGCUAAUAUUCAGAAAAUCUCAUCGUUCAUUCACACUACAGCUGAAAGCCUGCUGUUCAACUCAACACUCAUCACAUCCCUGGAACAGCAGGGUUUUGAUGCAGUGUUGACAGACCCCCUGGUGCCUACAGGGAACCUGAUCGCCCGGCAUCUGGGCAUUCCGUCUGUGUGUCUGCUGAGAGGGCUCCCCUGUGGUCAGGACCUGGUCUCCGCUGCCUGCCCCUCUCCUCCCUCCUACGUGCCACGCUUCCUAACUCGACACACAGACACCAUGAGCUUCUCACAGCGAGUCGUCAAUGUACUGGUGAGCAUGGUGGAGCCGUUGCUGUGCCGACUGAUGUUCUGGCGCUUUGACCAGCUGGCCUAUCGUUUCCUUGGAGAGGAAGUGGGCGUGGCUGAGGUACUGGCAGACUCCGCUAUCUGGUUACUAAGGUAUGACUUCACAAUGGAGUUUCCUCGCCCCCUCAUGCCUAACAUGGUGCUGGUGGGAGGAAUCAACUGCCAUGUCAGGAACCCUCUCCCCCAGGAGCUGAACCAGUGGGUAUCCGGGGAGAAUGGCUUCAUAGUUUUCUCUCUGGGCACCACAGUGUCUUCUCUACCAGAUGACAUCACACAUAUCUUCCUGCAGGCCUUCGCGCUCAUACCCCAGAAGGUCCUGUGGCGGUACACCGGGUCAGUUCCUGAUCACAUUCCAGACAACGUGAAGCUGAUGAAGUGGCUGCCUCAGAAUGAUCUGCUGGCUCACAGUGGUGCCCGGGCCUUCCUGACCCAUGCUGGAACCCAUGGGCUGUACGAGGGGGUGUGUCACGCCGUUCCCAUGGUGAUGUUGCCACUGUUUGGCGACCAGUAUGAUAACGCCCACCGAUUGGCUGGUAAGGGAGCUGGCAUGGUCCUGGACAUUAACCACGUCACCAUGGAAACACUUAUACAGGCUCUGGAUGAGGUCAUAAACAACACCAGGUAUAAGUCCAGCCUAUUGAAGCUCUCUGCCAUCCACAAGGACCGCCCUAUUGACCCUCUGGAGCUCUCGGUUUAUUGGACAGAGUUUGUGAUGCGCAAUAAAGGCGCGGGACAUCUGAGAGUGGCAGCCCAGGACCUCAGCUGGUUCCAGUAUCACAGCCUGGAUGUGCUGGGCCUACUGGUCAUCGUGGUGAUAGCCAUUGUCACUGUGAUUGUGAAAUGUUUGUCGUUGUGUAUUCGAAGGAUAACCAGGAAGAGAAAGCAGGACUGACCAGCAGCACAGAUCAACAUUCUCCUUCAAUUUUCUGUGUUUCUAUAGAAAUUGGGUAUAUCAGUGAUCCCAAUACAAUAUUUUGGGAAUAAGUAGAAAAUAUCACAUCUCAUUCACAAGAGUUCAAGUUUGGCAACAGUAAACAAACAGGAAGACAAGACUCUGCAUGAAUGCAGCCCAGGU